AUGAGUGUUGUGGCUGUAGCCGGCGGUCUCGGUGACGUUGGGCGCACAAUCGUGGAAGAAAUUUUACGAUCCAAGAAGCACAAAGUCUACAUAUUGACGCGAAAGACAACAGCAGGUUCAGCGCCUCGGGAGUACCCAAGUCAUUUCCCGAGUCCAGUUGAGGUAGACUAUGCGUCUGUGCAUAAGAUAACACAAUGUCUGCAGAGACUCCAAAUAGAUACUGUUAUUUCUGCUUUGAAUCUGCAUUGGGCUGGUGUCUCGGGUUCGCAGAUUAACUUGAUUCGUGGAGCCGCAGCGUCGGGUAUUGUGGCGCGGUUCAUACCGAGCGAAUUCAACAUUGACUAUCACGCCCCACCCGAGCUCACAAUGUCCCUUUGCUACAGAUAUAUGCCUUAUGGUCCACGCAACCGGUUUCUUCGUGCCGAAUACGAGCUAGAUUCACACUCCAACAUGACAUAUACCCUCGUUCGAUGCGGAUUUUUCAUGGACUACCUCGGACUUCCCUAUGCCGUUACGAAUCUUCACCCCUUAUACUGUUUGGUCGAUGUUUCGGCUUCCAAGGCUGUCAUUCCGGGUGAUGGUACUAACCACGUCGUGUUCACUCAUACGCGGGAUGUAGGCAAAUUUGUGACGGAAUUGUUGAGUCUCGAGGCUACGAAGUGGCCAAGGGAGGCCACAAUUUCGGGAGAAAGAAUCACUCUGAACGAUCUAGUUACUUUGACAGAACGGGUCAUAGGGAAACAAUUUGACAAGUGUCAUGAGAGUCUGGAAAACAUGAAAGCCAACAUCGUCAAUGAAUUACCCUCAAAUCGAUUGUGCUAUCCGUACUUUUCUGGAGACAAGGAUGAACUCAACUCGGUAAUAUGUCCACAAAUGAUCGGGAUGGUGUCAGGGGUUUUCGACAUACAAGGGAUAGAGUUGACAAAGGUCUUCCCGGAUAUUGGUGUCAUCCGCCUCGAGGACUUUCUCAGUGAGUGCUGGAAUAACGCGGUAGAGUAG